ACACAGCGCUCUAUUUGAUAUUGCACGAGACAAUGAGCAAAAAUAAGAAGAAACAAAGCCAAACCAUUCCUUUAGUUCCUACUUCACAAAGCAAAAGAGCAAGACGCAAAAAAGCCAAAAAGCUUAAAAAGAACAUAGAAGGUACAAAUUCAAUUAUAUCCAGCAUGCCUUCUAUAAAAGCCAAUGAGAGUAAAAAAAGUAAAAAGCGAAGAUUUCUAAAAGAGCAACAACAAAAAGCUUCUGUUUUAACAAAUUCCAAUGUGAAAAUAAACAAAAAACGAGCCGAGUUUGGUGAAGCAUCCAGUGAGAGUGAUUCUGAGCCCAUCGAAGCUGAUUGGGCGAGUGCAAAUGACCAUUCAGAUAAAGAUGAUGAAAAAUGGCAAGGUGAAGAAAAUGUUACAAGAUCAUUCACUAAUUCCAAUGAUGAUGAACAAAGCGAUUCGGAGCCUUCAGACAAUGACCUUGAGGAUUCUGAAGAAGAUGAAGAUGAAGAGUUAAGCGAAAAUGAACUGAAUACUCUGAUACAAUCUCAGAAGAAACCAAUGACUAAGGAUACUUCAAAACAAAAAAUCAGUUGUCCGAAAAAGAAACCUCUAAAACGAACUCAUGAAUCUGUUGAAAACACUCCGACAUCCGCAAAGAAAAUGAAAUUAGUUGGAGAGUCUAAGCAAUCAAUCGUAAAACCUCUUGAUAAAGGCGAUGAUCAAGUGUCUGUGUCUUAUAGUUGGACAAAUGAAUCUAUUAUAAUUGACGAAAUCAAAAAACGUGCAAUUGAACUUUCAUCUAAUACGUUGUAUGUGAGUCCAUUGCCACCGGAUUAUAACGAGUCUAUGCUAAAAUCGUUGUCACCGAGUAUGAUGUCAUAUCGAUUAUCAAUGAAAAGAAGUAAAAAGAUGCGAAGCUUUGCGUUUCUUCAAUACGUCGAUGCGGAUACAGCUGAAGCUGCAAGAAAAGCUAUAUCUGGUCGUCUGUUUGCCGGUAAAACAAUUUCUGCUCAACCUAAUCGUCUAUCAUUUCCUAUCAGUGACUUAAAGUCUGAUAAUAUUGAUCGAACGCGGCUUUUUGUGACUGGUUUCAAUAGUUCAACAACUAAAAAUGAUUUAAUACAUAUAUUCCCAAAAGGCACUGUCGAUUUUCCAUUGACCAAAGAUGGAAUUACAUGCGGUUAUGCAGUUGUCAAAUUUGUCAAUCAAAAUGUAUCACUUGAAGCGUUUUCCACAACACAUAAACGACUUGUUCGUGGUCUACCAAUAUUUGUCAACUUCAUGUUUUCUCAGAAACAAAAUAAUGAAAAUCAAUUAAAAGUUAACAAUUCUAAAAGUAAUCAAUCAUUAGAAAAAAUGAAAGAAAAACAGUUGAAUAAACCAUCAUCAUCGGAAAAAACGUCGAACAUAGUAAUUCACAAAACAAUUAAUACAAAAGAUACUGGUAAUAAAGAGGGUAGUAAUACAAAAGUUUUAGUUCAACAAUUACCCGAGUCUGAAAAUGAUUCUAAAUCAUCAGCUAGUGAUGAAUCAAAUGAUGAAAGCAAAUCAGAUGAAUUACUUGUUAAUCAAACAAAAAAUAAAAAUUCAACCACUGGUAAAACAUCUGUACUGAAUGAACUUGUUUCAUCGAAAAUGUUAAAUGUGUCCCCCAAAAAUAAAGCCAAAUCUGAAUUGAGUAAAAUGGCCAAUGAUGAUAGUGAUGAUCAUGAUAACGAUGAUGAUGAUGAUGAUGAUAACGAUGACGACGAUGAGGACAACGAAGAUGAAGACGAUGAAGAUGAAAUUAGCGAAUAUGAUGAAGAUGAGGAAGAGGACGAUGAUGAAGAUGACGACAAUGAUGAUGACGACGACGAAGAUGAAGAUGACGAGGAUGAGGAAGAUCUUGGUGAUACAGAUAGUGGUGAUGCAUCUGAAGAUAGCGAUGAGGUGGUCAGUGAGCAUGCAAUUAAAAAAGAUUCUCAGCAGAAAAAAGUAGUUAAUAAUAAUAAACCUUCAGCUUUAAAAAAUAAUAGCCCAAUCACUUCCGUUGACAAGGAGCAAGCCUCAUCAGCUGAUAGUGAUGAUAGUUCCAAUGAGGAAAUUGACAAACAAUUGAUGGCAGUUAUUCAGGCUAAACGUAAUGCUAAAAAAUCAUUCAAGUCACUUAAGAAUGCUCAGAAAGGCAAAAAUGAAGCCUUGAACUCAGCAAAGCACUCUGGAAAGAAAUUUAAACCUCAAUUGGUAGAUUAAAUGUUUCCAUUUCUUUUUUUAAUUUCUAGUGAAUUAUUAUGAUUUAUUAUUUAUUGAUAGCAAAUCAACCUCAUUGACACUGAUUUAACAAUUUAGAAAAGGUGUACAAUUAUGCUAUUUUAAGCUACAACUAUCUCACAGGUCUUGGAACCUAAAAGUCUGUCUAACUAACAAUCUGACUCGUUUCGACAAUCAAUUUCCUUGUGAACUGAUAUUACGUUUAAGUGUCGAAUAAUAUUGAAUACAAAACGACGUAAAUCAGUAUUAGUAAAGAGACCAAUCGCAUCAAAUAGAUGAUUUAACAAUGUCAUGUUCUACUUUGGAAGUAGAUCUCUUCACUGAAUUGUCUGUUUUCAAUAUCCAUAGACAAUAUAACUAGCAAAUAGAAUAGGUUUUCUCUAUCGUUAAAUGACAUAAGAUUUGGAAGAUAAAAGUUCUCAAAACAAUCAAUAAUGAACAUACUACGAUUUGAUUUGUUAGAAAGGAUUUAAAUAAUCACAUUGUUGCUAUUUUUGAUUGAAUCAUAAUCAGUCUUUGUUAGUGUUAGUGUAUGUUGCCAUUUUACGUGAAUUACUUCGAUGUAGCCAUUUUUUCCAAGUGUUUAUCGAAUGAGAUGAAUUUGUAGCUAGCAGUGAAAUCCAAUACCUGUAUGUCAUCCUACUUGGGACUCAUCAGAUGGAUGUAUCUUAGAUGUAUAUACAUCUAGCCAAAAUCCAUCUACUCUAAAAAAUUAUAUUUUUUCUACAUUUUCACGUUGUAUUAGAUAAUUGAAAGCAGUGAUCACGAACCAGUAAAUUUAAAACGUUACUUAAUGUUUCGAUUCCAUUAUCAGUAGUAUGUAAUACCAAUCAGAAGUGGCUGCAGAAUCUAGAGAAGAUAGAAUCAAAGAGAAUGGGAAUGUGAACAAAUAGUAAUUGUCAUAACAGUAGUGGGACGAUGAAGUCUAAAACAAUUGAUGAGGGAUUUUCAAAUAAAGUAGUUAUUGUAUGGUUAUUCACAUUUUACGAAACAACUCUGCAAUUUUGCAUUGAAUAAUAAAUUGAUUGUACCUACCUGAAAAAUAAAUGACAACCACACAUCAGCAAGUGAAGUUCAUCAACUGACUGAUCUAUUUCAAGUUAGAAGUUAUACUUAUUCACUUGAAUAAGUUCCUAAUUCUUUAUGUGUUCUCUCUUUCUCUACCUUUGUUUAUUCUUUCGGUUUCAGCUUCGUGUACCUGAAACUAUGAAAACUAAGAAGAAAUAGAUAAAAACUAAUUAUGAACAGUCAAAUAUACUGUAUAUAUAGAUUUAUAUCAUGAAUAAAAAUUAUUAUGUUUGGUGUG